GCUACUUCUUAUUUAGUUCGGUUAAAGUUUAUAUUCGAACGCAUUUUGUUGUUGUAUUAUUUCAUACAACUGCAUAAGAUGUUGGUGUGAUUAUUGUUAAAAUAAAAAGAUUGUUGUACUAAAAAAAUUAUUAAAGUUUUGGAGUGUCGCGCACAGUUAUCUCUUCCACUUAUUGUGGACCCAACCCGACUGGCGAUAUUAGUCAUUUGUUUGCUUGCUUUGCACACUUGCCAACAUAAUUUUGGAAAUGUUGAUAUGCUGCAUGGAAGGCUGCGAAUUCAACAAUUCGAUUUCCAAUGAUGAGCAUGUUAGGUGCUGGUUGUGUGACGAAUAUGCCCACACAAAGUGCGCGGGCAUAAGUGAUAGUGUAGUGGAAAUGAUUGAAGGAAGAACUGGACUAAAGUGGACUUGUGAAACCUGCAGAGUUGUCAAAUCCCAGAUGGGAAGAUUUAUGAAGCAAACGCGUACGGAAAUCACUGAACUCUUUAGGGAAGUCCGAGCUGUCUAUGAAAAGUUGGCGAUGCUGGAAUCGCAUAUUACAUCUCAUCCUCAAGUACCGACUUCCCCUGUGCACAGUGAUUUUAGUUCUAACCCAUUACACACUUUUGAGGAUACUAAUGAUGACAGAGAAGUUGAAGAUGCAGAGUCAUCUGUUGUUCAACACAAUGCUACGGAUAUGCAGGUGGUGAAAAUAUGGCAUCAUAAUGCGGCUCCCGUGGUACUACCUCUACAUGCCAAUCCGGAUCCGGAUAUUCUUAAAGCUGUUCCUCCAAUGAAAGCUGUGUUCGUAUCCAGACUCAUAACCUCAACUACUGAAGAUGCCCUCAAGCACUACAUAGUUGCCAAACUCCCAUAUUUCAAUCCCGAUGAUAUCAUCGUCAGAAAAAUAUAUAAUAAACAAAGACGAAAAAUUGCAUCGUUUAAAGUUAUGGCACCCGAUCCUAUAUAUUAUACGAUUUUAAAUCCGGGAUUUUGGCCUGAACAUAUCAUUGUGCACGAGUUUGUCAAGAAAAGCCUUCUUCAAACCAAUGUAGAAUUUACAAAAUAUUGUUAAUAUUUAUAUAUGAAAUUUCAAUGAAAUAGUAAGAAAGUAACCCAUUUUUAGAAUAGUAACCGCGCAAUCAUUAUCAGUAAUUAUUAAUAUAAAACUGUUCUACCCAUAUCUGUGCAUCUAUGGGCUUAGCACAUUUAAUCACUCAUUUUUAUGCCUAUAUUUAGGGUAUCAAUUGCUCCAUAGAUACAGAAACACUUAUACAA